UUAAAGUUAAAACAGCAGCAGCAGCAGCAAAAACUUCAGCAAGUGUUAGUUGAAAGCCAGGCUUAACUGUUAAAGCUCGCAGGCAGAGCAUGGAUUACGAUUACGCCUCCAACAUAGCAAUAGCAGCAGCAGCAGCAGCAGCCGCCGCCGCGCUUGAGCCAAAGCUAACAAUUGGAACACACUAAAUGAACGCCAUUCGGCCACAAAAAUGCCGCCGCUGCAAGGACGUCGACAGUUAAUCACCCGUCUUGCCCGCGUCCACAGAGUCAAUGUGAAUAUUGGCAGCUACAUUAAUCGCAACGCGACAAAUACAAAAAUAACAAGAACCACAACGCAUAAAAUACGAACUAGAGAUCGAUUCAGAUUCAGAAGCAGCACCGAGCAGAGGCAGCGCAGCCGAGCCGUGGGCCAUUUCCAAUUCCAUCUGCGCGGAGCAGGACUCGCAGCUGUAGACGUUGCCACAGUAGUCGCUGCCUCGCUUACUGUUAACUCGACAUGUCAGGCAGAGGAACAGCAUAUAACACGCAAUCGUUUGGCAGGAUCACAAUACAAAACAGUUGCCGUUGCAAUUGAUCGCCAGCAAGCAGCAAUGGAGCAAGCUGCCCCCUGGCUGCGUGCCCCCGUCUGUGGCAGCGGCAACAUUGCCUGCUAA